AUGGCUGCUGCACUUCGAGUUGUCAGAUACUUGAAAUCCUCUCCUGGCCAAGGUUUGCUUUUAAGUUCCAAUAGCAAUUUGAAUUUGAGAGCUUUUUGUGAUUCAGAUUGGGCGGGUUGUCCUAUUACUCGUCGGUCUACUACUGGAUAUUGUGUUUUCUUAGGAGAUUCUUUGAUCUCAUGGCGUAUCAAAAGACAAAAGACGGUCUCAUUGUCUAGUGCUGAGGCCGAGUAUAGAGCAAUGGCUGUCAGCACCCGAUACGUUGGUUCUUUACAACAGUUAGCAGAUAUAUUCACAAAGGCAUUGGGCAAAGACAAGUUCAAAGCCUUGUUAUGCAAGUUGGGAGUACUUGAUAUUCACUCUCCAACUUGA